UGUUCGAACUGUUUUGGCCGUCCAGGCGUCUUGCUUCCAGGCAGGUCCCUUAAUGGACUGGGGACAGUUCAGCCGAAGUGUUGCCUCCUAAUCAGUGAGAAUGGAUGCAAAAGUGACGAGAGACGUUUGUGAAAUUUUGGGUGAUCAAAUUUGCUAGGAGGGGAUGAAAGACUGCAUAUGACAUCAUAUUGCCUAUUCUUUGUUUUACAAGAUAACUUGAGAGUGGCUCCUCCCAGAACAUAAAGUGACCAUGGUAUUUGACCAUUAUCGUUUAGAGGCUCUCCUUGCUGUUGGAGCUGCAUCGUUGGUUGCUUAUGUGAUUUGGGGACCUAAAGCCACCAAAUCAAGGAGUGCUAAUGCUGCUGGUGUGCUGGCUGGACUUCAGAAUGUGGGCAACUCGUGCUUCUUGAAUGCGGUGCUACAGGCUCUGUGCUCCAGCCCGGCGGUGAUGAGGUGGCUGUCGCGGCCGGCCGGCGGCGCGCGACCCGCGCACGCCCGACUGCGGGCCGCCCUACUGGAUGUCAUACAUGUGGUGAACCGGACGCACGGCGAGCUGCGCGCCGACCCGUUCACCCCGGCCGGCGUGCUCGCCUGCCUCUCCUCGCUCGGCUGGCUCAUCCACAGCGAGGAGCAGGACACACACGAAAUGUUCUACGUGCUGAUCAGCACGCUGCAGGAGGAGCCGGCUGCGCCGCCGCCACUCUCCGCCGACAGCCUGCGCGCGCCUGGCGCUGAGGGCGCCACCGGCCGGGGUGGGGCGGACGACGGCGCCGGCGCCUGGAGCCAGGGCGCCGGUGGCAGACGACGUCUGCCCAGACGGGGGCUGGUGCUCAGGUGGCGCCACCGUCGAGCGCCGCAGCCGCUCAGCCUGCCGGCGCUGCUGGGCCAGUUCAGCGCCCGCGAGACCGUGCACGACGUCACCUGCGACGCCUGUCAACAGCGCGGCCGCUUCUCCAAGCGCACCCUGGUCGCCAAGCUGCCGUCCGCCCUCUGCCUCCACCUGCCACGCACCACGUGGGAACAGAGCGGCCAGGCGGCCAAGCGCGGCGACCACGUGGCGUUUUUCGAGACGCUCAACAUGUUCCCGUAUACGUACGCGGCCAGCGGCCAGGUGAAUGGGGGCGGCCGGCCGUCUCCCACCGACACCGGUCGACACCGCUACCGGCUGACGGCCGUCAUCGUGCACAGCGGCUACGCUUCGUCCGGACACUUCGUCACGUACCGGCGGCUGACGGACCCGGCCGACAACAGGUGGUUCUACACGUCCGACACGCUCGUCAGCCAGGCGUCGCGCUCCGAGGUGUUCGCCGCCGCCGCCUACAUGCUCUUCUACGAGCGGGCCAGCAGCAGCGACGGUGCGGCCGCGCGGCCCGCGCUGCCGCUGCCGGUCGGGGCCCGGUGAGGCGUCGCUUCCCUCGCCGCUCCGGCGGGUGUGCUUCCCCGCCGUCAGUCAAAUAGUGCUCAACGUUGUGAUACGAUGCCCACGCUGAGGUAGCCGGGUGACGCUUAGACAGAGAUGUGUGUGGAUCGGUGCUGUGCGCCGGAGCUUCAAGCCGCCAAACGGAGUGCCUUGUGUGGGGGCGGCGGUGCGCCUGCCCCCUGUGGCCAGUGUUCCUAUGACCGUCGGCUUCACUGGUGUAGGGUGUGAACUCCGUCCCCUGCCCCGGGCGCCGCGGGGUCCACCCAGUCACCGCGCGCGUAUUGCCGACUCGACCUUUACGGCUGGAGGUACUCUUGGCGGGGCUUAAUGAGGCCAUUACGACGGGCUGGCCUGUGAAGUAGUUAGCGGCGGACUUUUGUGGCUGGCUGUGCGGUCGCCGGGCCGCCAGUGACGUGUUUUCGACGAGAAUACACACCAAG